AUGGCUUCUUCUUCUGUGACUGAGAAUUGGGUAAUGAUGAAUGGUGACAUUAAUAGUUCUGAAGGAAGUGAAGUCUCAGAAAUAAACAGCAAUGCUUUUUUAAUGUCCUUGCUGGAAGAAACACAAGGUGAAGAUUAUGAUAAUGAAAGACUAUCAAGUCUAAUUCAAUCUCUUGAAGCAGAGAUUGAGCCCAAGCGAAUGAAUGGUGGUGAUACAUCCAUGGAGCCUAUGAUGGGUCCCAACAUUUGUCAAUCAUGCGAUGCUGGACUAGUGGAAGGCCAUGAUUGCUGGGCGGCUGACCUGAUUAAUUGGAAUAUUGAUGUGGAAAUGGAUUCCCCCUCAACAUCAUCAAGUGAUCAUGAUGAUGAAGUUUCAUUCUGGUAUCCUCUUGGAGAUCAGAUGGAUGACAUGACUGAGUUUGGAGGUAUAAGAAAUUAUUCUGGAGUUUAUUUUGAUCAUGGGACUAUCCAUUUGUGGCAAGAGCCAUGUGAUGCAGCAAUGUAUAGCUAA